AUGGAUUCCACUAAACACUUUCUUGCGUUUAUCCUUCACUUUUCUCCCCCUUUCACUUUUCUCUCUUCAUUUCGCCUCGUCUUGUUUCUUCCUCGCUUUAUUUUUUUCUUUUACCGAAACCUUCUCAGCGUCCUCUCCCUCCUCCCAUCUCUCUUAGUGUCUUAUCCACUCCGACACUCCCCGCUUACUCACUUCAUUUCAAAAGUGCUCCAUUUUUUUUUUCUUUCUUUUUCUUCCUUCUUUUCUUUCUUUCUUCCUUUCUUUCUUUCUUUCUUUCUUUCUGUUUUUCAUUUUUUCUUCUUUUUUUCCUUACACUUUCUCUCGCUUUCUUUCUUUCUUUUUUCGUCCUUUUCUCUUUCUUUCUUGAUUGAUUCGUUUUCUACGGUUUAUCAACCUUUUCUAGUUUCUCCCAUCCAUCCAUCAUUCUUUCUUUUCUUUUCUUUUCUUUCUUUCUUUCUUUCUUUCUUUUCUUUCUUUCUUUCUUUCUUUCUUUCUUUAUUUAUUUAUUUAUUUAUUUAUUUAUUUAGCUUCUUAUACUCUUUUUUCUUACAUAAAUUUCUCCCUCCUUCCCUUCUGUCUUUCGUUCUUUCUUUCUUUCUUUUUCAUAUUCUUUUUCUUUAUUUAAUUUCUCUCUUUCUUUCUUUCUUUCUUUCUUUCUUUCUUUCUUUCUUUCUUUCUUUCUUUACCUUGUCAUGUUCUUUUCUUACUUUAAUCUCUCCCUUCCCUGAUUCUUUCUUUCAUUGUCUUCUCAUAUUCUUUUUCUUACAUAAUUUCUCCCUCCCCUCUUUCUUUCUUUCUUUCCUUCUUUCUUUCUUUCCUUCUUUCUUUCUUUCUUUCUUUCUUUCUUUCUCAUAUUCUUUUUCUUUAUUUAAUUUCUCUCUUUCUUUCUUUCUUUCUUUCUUUCUUUCUUUCUUUUCUUUCUUUCUUUACCAUUUUCAUCUUCUUAUACUCUUUUUUCUUACAUUAAUUUCUCUCUUCUUCUUUCUUUCUUUCUUUCUUUCUUUCUUUCUUUCUUUCUUUCUUUUUUCUAAUAUUCUUUUUCCUUACUGUAAAAUUUCCCUUCCUUCUUUCUUUCUUUCUUUCUUUCUUUCUUUCUUUCUUUCUUUCUUUCUUUCUUUCUUUCUUUCGCUUCUCAUAUUCUUUUUUCUUAAUUUAAUGUCCCCUCUUCCCUCUUUCUUUCUUUCUUUCUUUCUUUCUUUCUUUCUUUCUUUCUUUCUGCUAUCUGCUCACGCAACAAUGUUAGUCCUUCCUUAUCUAUCUAUCUAUCUAUCUAUCUAUCUAUCUAUCUAUCUAUCUAUCUAUCUAUCUAUCUAUCUCAAUCUGCUCCCUAUCUUUCUAUCUGCCUAUCUAUCUGUAUAUCUAUCCAUGCAUAUAUAUAUGCAUGGAUAG